UUCAGAGAUGUUGGAGCAAUUGCUGAUUAUGUGGGGUGGCUUGAUCCUGUGGGCAUGCAAGGCACUCGGAAACGCCCUUAAAGGGUCCCUUAUUGACGCCUUGAUCCGGUCCUGCCUCUUGGAGGAGCGAUCCGGUGACAUGUUGUACAAUUAUGACACCCUGGGUGCCGUGUACAUCUCAAAUGGACCUUCGACAAUGAUCUCAGCCUCAUUUUCGUUGAUGUCUAUUUAGAGGAUACUCCAUCUCCUCUAUGUCGACGAUCUUCUCUCCAUGGUGUAGCAUUAGUUCUUGCAGAUCUAUGAUCCAAAGUGCACGGCUUAUGAUGAUUUUGAUGACGUCUUUUGGCAGCUGCAGAAGGAAGCAGAGGCUAGGGUGGAGAGAUGAGGAAGUUGGAAGCAGGUGACGAGGCCUGUGAAGUAGAUCACGCUCAAGAAGGCCGGAUCACAGCACGGCAUGAAGCAAAAGAGCACUGGCAGGUCCAGCAAGGACAAUGCAGAUGAUGAUUUGAUAAAAGGCUGUGGAUUAUAGAGCGGUGGUUAUUCUAACAGACAUGAGGCUGGGAUCAAACAAUCUUGUGCAGCUGAUGGUGUUAAGAGUAAAGAGAAUGACAGCUUAGAUGUCAGGGCUUCUAAUGUAAUUAAGCUUCAAAAGUUGCGAUCGAAAGGGGGAUGGCACACUAAACCUUCCUCUCUCUAUAGGGCCUCAGCCAUUUGGAAGGCAAUCUCUGCCACCCCCACUUCAGAGAGGGCAUUUCCUUCAGUCUUGGAGAUGGAUUUAGGAUAAGGUUCUGGUUGGACAGUUGGAUCUCCAACAGCCCCAUUUCAAAACUUUUCCCUGCUCUGGCCAGAGUGUCCUCCAAUAUCUCCAUUUCAGUGGCUCAGUCCUCUGUUGAUUGCUCAGGUGCCCGGUGUCCUCCUUGUAGACUUGCUCUUUUGGAUUCUGAUGUUCUGGAGCUGCUGGAGUUGCUGUUCUUGUUGCAUGGCAUUAAGCUUGUUCCCAAGGAGGAAGAUCAAUGCCACUGGUCUCUCUCUACCUUGAGCCUCUUCACUUGUAAAUCCUUCUGGAAUCUUAUCAAAUUGCGAAACCCGACAUCUCUUCUCCAGUAUCCUUCCUUCUGGUACGUCCCUCCUAAGUUGUUAGUUUUUACAUGAAUUCUAACAAGAGGAAGGACGCUCAUGAUCGACAAUCUCCGCCGACAGGGAAUGAUCCUGCCCAAUAUCUUCCACCUCUGCCACAGAGACGCUGAAUCCAUUCCGCACCUCUUUCUUCAUUGUUCAUAUGUACCUGCCAUAUGGACCUCCAUUGUUUCUAAGUUUUGGCUCCUUUGGGUCAUGCCGACAAACAUCUCCACCUUACUCUCUGCUUGGCAUGAUGCGCAUAUUCAGACUUCUCUCAGACCCGUGUGGCAGAUGACACUUUUGGCUACCCUCUGGUAAAUCUGGAAAGAAAGGAAUGGCCGUUGCUUCAGAAACAUGUCUUCCCCUGCUCCUUUAGAGGUUAUUCAAAUUAUUAGAGUGGUGAACGAAUGGGCCUCUUCCCUUGCUCAGAUGGAUGGCUCAGAUCUCGCUUUCCUGUUCGGUUAGUCUCCCUUCUGGCUGCUUUCGGUUUUCAGUUUUUCUUUGGGUUGGGUAACUCUUGUUUAGGUUUUUUUGGCUCUUCUGGGUUAUCCUUGUGGGUUUCGAUCUUCUUUUGAUGAAUUUUGUUUUGUUCUCCAUGCUUGGGCCCCUCUUGAGUGCAGUGUGUUGUAUAGUUUCAGUUUAUUCUGUUCUCUUCUGGGUUGCAGUUGCUCCCUUUUUUAAUAAAAUUAUCAUCCUUCAAAUAAUAAAAAAGUUGCAGUCGAAAGUGGGUAAGAAAACAGAUACAGUAGUUAGCAAGGCUUCCUCCAAGCUGGAGCCAAAGAAAAAGGUAACAAAGAAAAACAGAGUUUGGGAUGAUUCACCUCCAGAGUCGAAACUGGAUUUUACAGAUCCUGUAGAUGAGAGAGGGGAUGAGAAUGUGAUAGUUGUGGCAACCGAUCAAGAAGAAAGCGUGACGGAUUGGGAAGAGGUCAUCAGCAGCGAAAGUGACAGCAACGAAGUGGAGGGAGUGGAGAAGAAAACGAAGCCUAAUGCAAAAGAAGAAAGGAUGGUUCUCAUCUAUGUUCCAGGGGGAAUGCAAUUUUCAGACCUGCAACUGACUUUGAAAGCUUUGAAGGAUAGGCUUAUGGCAAAAAAUAAAAUAAAAUUUGUGGUUGGGACCGCACUUUCCACGGUUUACAUUUCUGGAGCACCUUUAGUGUUCAUUGGCUGUGGGCAGUCUUACAUGGAUCUCAAGAAGCAUAAUGUCAUAUCCAUUGUUAAGACCCUCAUGAAAUGA